CCGAGGCCGGGCCGGCGGGAGGCAGAGGAGGCCGACACCUCGGGCCGCGCCGCUCUCCCUCCCCGGCCGCCGGGAGGGUGGGCGGGAAGGAGGGCGGGCGAGAGGAGAGAGGAGGGCGGAGGGCAGAGCCGGCCGGGCCGGGCCGCGGGACUUGCGGCUCCCUCGCUGCGCGCCGCGCGGCCGGAGCCCACCAUGCUGCCCGCGGCCGCGGAGCCGGCGGCAGACCGGAGAAGAAGGGCAGGGAGGGGCUGCUGAAGAGGACAGCAGAGAUGGAGCCCCCAUGGUUUGGCUGAGAGGAACUUCAGUGUGCACAGUGCAACUCCCUCAGGGGACUCGUGGGGGAUGCUAGCUUGCCUGUGCACCGUACUCUGGCACCUCCCUGCAGUGCCAGCCCUCAAUCGCACUGGGGACCCAGGGCCUGGCCCCUCCAUCCAGAAAACCUAUGACCUCACCCGCUACCUGGAGCACCAACUCCGCAGCUUGGCUGGGACCUACCUUAACUACCUGGGCCCCCCUUUCAACGAACCUGACUUCAACCCACCUCGGCUGGGGGCAGAGACUCUGCCCAGGGCCACUGUCAACUUGGAUGUGUGGCAAAACCUCAGUGACAAACUUCGGCUGACCCAGAACUACGAGGCCUACAGCCACCUUCUGUGCUACCUGCGUGGCCUCAACCGCCAGGCCGCCACAGCCGAGCUGCGCCGCAGCCUGGCACACUUCUGCACCAGCCUCCAGGGUCUGCUGGGCAGCAUUGCGGGUGUCAUGGCAGCUCUGGGCUACCCACUGCCCCAGCCUCUGCCUGGGACUGAGCCCACCUGGUCUCCUGACCCUGCCCACAGCGACUUCCUCCAGAAGAUGGAUGACUUCUGGCUGCUGAAGGAGCUGCAGACCUGGCUGUGGCGCUCAGCCAAGGACUUCAACCGGCUCAAGAAGAAGAUGCAGCCUCCAGCAGCUGCAGUCACCCUGCGCCUGGAGGCCCAUGGCUUCUGAUCUCUGACCUUUACCACCUUCUCUUUCCCCUCCUCCUUCAAACCCUACUCCCACUCUGGGAGGGAGAAACCUGUGUGCCAACACUCGUUGAGCCAGGAGACAGAAGCCAUGAGCCUCUGGCCCUCCCCAGACUUGGAGGAGGGUGUGAUGCAAUAAGGCCUGUCCCUUCCCCGCUUCCCAAAGUCCUACAGGUCUGGGGAAGAGGUGCAAUAGGCCCCAUCCCAUUUCCACAGGAAGUAAUGCUCAAGGGAGCCUGAAGUGGUUCAAGUUGGCGCCAAGGCUCUUACAGCUUCCUGCUUCCUGCCUACCACUUGCCAGUGCCCACCUAGCCCCUCGAGUGGCACGUCUAGGAAGCAUGCCUGUAGGGAAGGGAGGGGGCCACCAUAGCACGUGCCUUUCUGGGGUGAAGCCCUUUGGCUGCCCCACUCUCCUUAGAUGGGUGUUGCUCUCCUACCCCCAAAUAACUCAAUACGUCAAUUCAGGAAACAAACACGGUGGCAAGUCCAAACAGGAGGAGAUGGGAUUGCAAAUGGAAGAGGUGGGGGUCUGCAUUGGAGGUAAUACUCAAAGCAGAGGGGCAGGGGCAGACUGGACCCAGGGGUCACCAAGGCAAUCCGUGGCACAGGGUGGCAACCAAAAGGACCUUGCCUUGCAUUUUCUUGCCGGCAUCACAGUGCCCCCUUUGCCCCCUUCCCAGGGUAUCUGUGGGUUGCCCAGGCUGGGGAGGGCAACCAUAGCCACAGCCACAGGAUUUCCUGAAAGUUUACAUUGCAGUAGCAUUUGGGGUGCAGGGGGCAGCUCCCCCAGGCCCUGCCCUCCAAGCCCCACCCACUCAUGACUCUAAGUUUGUUGUAUUAAUAUUUAUUUAUUUGGAGAUGUUAUUUAUUAGAUGAUAUUUAUUGCAGAAUUUCUAUUCUUGUAUUAACAAAUAAAAUGCUUGCCCCAGAGCUGCGUCUCUUUGCUUGGCCUUGCCCCUCUUCCUGACUCUCGUCACUUGUUCUCCUGGCCCUUCACCGUCCUGGUGACGGAGGUGAACCACCACCUCUGGUGGAGAGCCUGGAAGGCCCGGGGGCUCAGGAGGGGCAGAGAGCUUGGGCAAGAGGCUCUCUCCCUCCCUCCACCGGGUGGAUGUACAUACAGCAGGCUUCUCUCCUGCUCCGUCCACCAACACCAGGUUCCUUUAGUCCUCCCCAGUAUCUUGUCUGUUUCUUUGCUCAGUCGGCCUCACCUCUCUGGAUUGCUUUAAUGGUCUUAUAGGUCUGUCUCCCUACAAAGUUUUCUAUCUGCCCCUCCAGUGCGCUCUCCAAGCAGUCAGCUCCGCGCAUUCAACCCUCAGCUUCCCCAGGACCCCCACCUGUGGUGGCCCACUGGCGCCCCCCAGGAGUGACCCUAGCCUUCACAAUACCCUUCAUCUCCUAGGGAGGACGCUAGACUGCGGCCAAGUCACAAGUCUCCACUGUGACUUUACUCCUUUCUCUGCAAGUAAGGCGGCAGAUUAGGGGGCAAGAGAAAACCUCCUGUUGGACUACAAGUGAAUGGGAAAGAUGCUAUUCAAGGGAUGACCUAAAUUGAAAUCCCAGGUUCAUACCCUAGUAGCUGAGUGACCUUGGAUAAAUUACUUAAAGCUCUCUAUUCUCCAGUUUUCCCAUCUGUAAAGUAGGGAUAAUUAAAUACCAUUAUAAGAUUGCUGGAAAGGAUAAGAGAAAUAAUAAAGGUAAGAUGCUUGGCUGCAGCAGCAGCAAUUGGUAAUUACAGAUUAUUCGGGACAUAUCAAUCAGCACGUCAUGAGUCUCUAGUGAAGAGCCACUGGGUAAAUUAAUGGGCUAAUUGCUCCCAGGUAAUACAUGGGUAUUUUACAAGGGCCUCCUGGAGACAGUGCCCUAAGCGAAGGAAGUAACAAAUGAUGGUGAUGUCAAUCAGUUGACAAAUGUUUUAAAGACCUAAUUACCUGCCCAUCACUGCUAACUGGUGUAGGAAAGCCAAAAGAAGUCCAAGACCUGGCUUGGCUCCCGGCCUUGCAGAGCCUGUGGUUCUAUCCUGGAAGAGAA